CAUUCCAGAUUCUAUUUGAAGGCUGGAGACGCUGAUAUUCAGUGGUAAAUAUUUGGCGUGAGCUUGACGCUUCUCAAUGGCUAUAGCUGCAACUGGAUAGGGGUAGGCCACAAUGGAUUGGUAUGGUAAUAUGACGCUCCAUAACACCCCGUUCACCAAUAUGACAAUCGACGGCACGCCUGUUACAGCCGUGCAAAAUGUCGACAACUUCCUUUGUACGGGUGUACGCUGCUGGACACCUAGUGCCAGGCCUGGUUCCCAGCCCCAAGCAGCAUCGGAGAUUUUCUCGUAGGUUAUUCAGAAGGAACGAGUUCACUCCGUCUAGAGAGUGAACUCAAGUAGCACACACUGGCAUCGUGGUGAUGUCACAUCCUUAGGA